GAGAGAGAUGUAAAGGUACCAAAGAACAGGUCUGACCGUACUGUCACCUAAAGAAGACAAGAGGACAGGAGAGAAGACAAGAGGAGAAGAAUGGAUUAGUAGUCGUGUCUGGCCUGUAGGUCAGCCCCUCCCUUCCAUCACAGAGCACUAGAGAGAGGAAGUCAGGUGGUGAAGCCAGUGAUGAGCGAGAGCAAAGGUGUGUGUGUGUUUAUGGGAGAGAGAGACAGUGAGAAGAGAGAGAGGCUGUGUGUGUGUGUGUUUAUGGGAGAAAGAGACAGUGAGAAGAGAGAGAGGCUGUGUGUGUGUGUUUACGGGAGAGAGAGACAGUGUGAAGAGAGAGGGAAAGAGAGAGGCUGUGAGAAGAGAGGGAAAGAGAGAGAGAGAGGCUGUGUGUUGGACCAGGAGGAGAGAACUGAAGUCACAGCUUAAUUCACUGACAGAGUUCCCUGUUCUGUAACCAAUGGCAACGUCGGUCCAAACCCUUCCUCUGACCCACAACCCCAGCAAGACAUUCCGUGAUCCCAUUUCGACCCCUAUCCGGCCCACAGCCCUAUUGGACCGGUUCAGUAUGGGUAGUGUAGGCAGCCUAGUGGAGCGCCCAGACGCGUCCCCAGCUAAAGGCAGCCGGGCCGUGCCCCAGGUGGGACCCAGGCAGACCAACAGGUUAUUAAAGAAAGGCUUCAACCAGAGAGAGUUGCUCAACUACCUCAACAUCACCAGGAAAGAGGCCAAAGCGGGUAGCGGUCCAGGCAGCAGCAGGAAGGACAUCUUCUCCAGCAUGCAGUCCAUGAAGAGAGAGCAUGGACAUGAGGAGGAACACAUCAAGUUCUACCACAAAGACAGAACUGAGGUGGACGUGUCAAAGAACUCACUGCCCAUUAGAGGGAAGUAUGAGAAGUCUCGUCUCAGGCCGUCUGCCUUCAAGCCCGUCACACCCAAGAACUUCAGUUCCAUGCAGAACCUCUACCCUGCCAAGAUGGAGGACUCAGACCAGGGCCUGUCCAACGGGCUCCACCGGGCCUACGCACACACACCUAGAGCGGUCUCCACCUCCUCUUCCUCCUCCUCACCCUCCCGCCAUGGAGGACCCACCUCAAGCGGAAACAAGGUGGUGGUGUCAGUGCGUGGGAUGAGUCAGGAGGAUGAGAACCUGUCAGACUCUGGUCAUAACUCCAUGAACAGUCUUCCUCCAUACAGACCUCCCUUCAGACCACAGCUGGCUCACAUCAGCGCCUCCAUGAGCCACAUCAACACCAUUGGCUCUCUGGACCGAGCAUCAAAGGUUGCGGGGUCGUCGGGGGUUGCUAUGGCGGAGAUGGCCAUGUCGUGUCGUAGCAUGGCAACGCUCAGCCGCCUGGCGCCAUACGGAGGGGAGGCUCCGCCCCCUUACGAACUGUCGUUCUCCGUAGAGGAGGUGGUGCGUGAUCUGGAGGAGAGGCUGGUGGAGAAGGAACACGAGCUGAAACAGAUGAGGAGGAACCUGGAUGAGAGUGAAGGAGCCAUUGCACAGGUGUUUGAAGGUAAACAGCGUCUGUGGGAGAAGGAGUUGGAGGAGUUGAAGCAUCUGUACGCCGCCAAGCUGCGUCAGAUUUCCCAGCAUGCUCAGCAUUCCCAGCAUGCACUGCAGCUGCAGCUGUACAGGGCCCAGCAGGAGAAGAACAGACUGCAGGACGAACUGGACGCUCUGAGGGGGGGGAGUCAGAGAGAGGGUCAGGGGAGUCUGAAGGGAAUCAGUCCUACACUGGAGGAGACUCAGUGGCAGGUGUGUCAGAAGUCGGGUGAGAUCUCGUUGUUGAAGCAGCAGCUGCGUGACUCCCAGGCGGAGGUGACCAGCAAGCUGUCAGAGCUGUUCCAGCUGAAGACCCAGCUCAAAGAAACCAGAGGAGAGCUGCAGAGACGUGAUGGACAGAUAGACACGCUGCAGACAGCCCUACAGGGGGCGCAACUCCGACAACUGGAGAAAGGUGGAGCGGAGGAGAGUGGAACACUGGAGUCUGGAGGAUCAGGAGGGGUAUCAGAGGAGCGUCUGCGAGCAGAGCUGUUGUUAGAGCGUCGUCAGAGCGAGGCCCAGGCUACAGUCUUCGAGCAGGAGAGACAGACGUGGCAGACAGAGAAGGAGAAAGUGAUCUGCUACCAGAGAGAGCUGCAGGCCAAUUACCUGGACAUGUACCACCACAACCAAAUACUGGAGAGAGAACUAUACCUGCUCAGAGGAAGAGGAGGAGGAGGAACCCUGGAGAGAGAACUAUACCUGCUCAGAGGAAGAGGAGGAGGAGGAACCCUGGAAAGAGAACUGCAAGAUGUGAGAGGAGGAGGAGGGCGAGAGAUGGGAGACUACAGUAACGAGUCACUGGAGAGGGAAGUGCAGGACGUGAGGAGAGGAGGAGGAGAGAGAGAAAGAGGAGAGGAAGACAGCAUACCUCCUCCUGGUCUUCCCUGGAUAGAGAGGAUAGAGUCGUCUGAGAUUUGACUGAGUGGACACUAGAUGGGGGGCCCAUUCCAAACCAAACACUCAACCCCUCUUCCUAUUUCCUUGAUGAAUACUCAGGCUUCUUACAGACUUUAAAGGACAGGAGGGCCCCAUUCCAAACCAAAUCCUCACCCCUUAUCUUUAUGUCCUUGUGGAGGGCCCAGUUCCAAUUCCAAAACAACGCUGCACUCCUAUACCUGUGUGAACUAGACUGAAUAAUGUGCAUAUAUAAUCAGCAAUACAAUGAUACCCUCUCUGGUACUGUUUAUUGGAAGUUCCACUUCCUACUUCCUGUUUCAAUCCACCAAUCAAUGACAACUUCCUGUUUCAGUCCACCAAUCAAUGACAGCCUAUUAGAGUCAAGAACACUGUACAAUCCUUCAAGCACGACACCGACCAAACCUCACUUUAGAGUGCUGCUUGUAUGUACAAAGGAUAAUAAUAAUAAACUAUUUGUAAAUGUUACUUAUUCAACAAAAAAAUCUGUGUGUAUAUAAUCAAACCAGUGUGUUUGAUAGUUCUGUUCCUCACAGCCGUUCUGUGGGCUAGUUGAAGUUCAAACACUGACUGGGGGUAUGUCUGUGUCCCAAAUGGCACCCUGUACAGUGCACUACUUUUGACCAGGACCAAUGGGGCUCUUGUCAAAAGUAGUGCACUACAUAGGGAAUAGGGAGCGGUUUCAGAUGCGACCUAGGACGUUGUCCAAAGGAUCUAAAGGGAUUUGGGUUUUGUCCCGGUGUGGUGAGGUACGGUCAUUGUCACUGGAUAAUAAGUCUGUAGUGUGUACAGUAGGCCUAAUGUAAAUGACAUUAAAAGUUCUCUUCAUUCAGGGAGCGUCCAGGGAGCGUCCAGGGAGCGUUCAGGGAGCGUCCAGGGAGCGUUCAAGGAGCAUUCAGGGAGCGUCCAGGGAGCGUUCAGGGAGCGUCCAGGGAGCGUCCAGGGAGCGUCCAGGGAGCGUUCAGGGAGCGUCCAGGGAGCGUCCAGGGAGCGUUCAGGGAGCGUCCAGGGAGCGUCCAGGGAGCGUUCAGGGAGCUGGGCUCAGAGGAGAAACGUAACAUCACUAGCCCAUCAGAGGCCAAUACACGGAUGAUGUUGCCCUGCCAUUAACAACAAGGGGAUGAUGUUGCUCUGCCAUUAACAACAAGGGGAUGAUGUUGCUCUGCCAUUAACAACAAGGGGAUGAUGUUGCUCUGCCAUUAACAACAAGGGGAUGAUGUUGCUCUGCCAUUAACAACAAGGGGAUGAUGUUGCUCUGCCAUUAACAACAAGGGGAUGAUGUUGCUCUGCCAUUAACAACAAGGGGAUGAUGUUGCUCUGCCAUUAACAACAAGGGGAUGAUGUUGCUCUGCCAUUAACAACAAGGGGAUGAUGUUGCUCUGCCAUUAACAACAAGGGGAUGAUGUUGCUCUGCCAUUAACAACAAGGGGAUGAUGUUGCUCUGCCAUUAACAACAAGGGGAUGAUGUUGCUCUGCCAUUAACAACAAGGGGAUGAUGUUGCUCUGCCAUUAACAACAAGGGGAUGAUGUUGCUCUGCCAUUAACAACAAGGGGAUGAUGUUGCUCUGCCAUUAACAACAAGGGGAUGAUGUUGCUCUGCCAUUAACAACAAGGGGAUGAUGUUGCUCUGCCAUUAACAACAAGGGGAUGAUGUUGCUCUGCCAUUAACAACAAGGGGAUGAUGUUGCUCUGCCAUUAACAACAAGGGGAUGAUGUUGCUCUGCCAUUAACAACAAGGGGAUGAUGUUGCUCUGCCAUUAACAACAAGGGGAUGAUGUUGCUCUGCCAUUAACAACAAGGGGAUGAUGUUGCUCUGCCAUUAACAACAAGGGGAUGAUGUUGCUCUGCCAUUAACAACAAGGGGAUGAUGUUGCUCUGCCAUUAACAACAAGGGGAUGAUGUUGCUCUGCCAUUAACAACAAGGGGAUGAUGUUGCUCUGCCAUUAACAACAAGGGGAUGAUGUUGCUCUGCCAUUAACAACAAGGGGAUGAUGUUGCUCUGCCAUUAACAACAAGGGGAUGAUUUUGCUCUGCCAUUAACAACAAGGGGAUGAUGUUGCUCUGCCAUUAACAACAAGGGGAAUUUUUGUCUUGUUUUUUGUUGUUGUAAAAUGACCCUUUAAGAAACCUGUAAUACUGUAACAAUACUGUAUUCAGGAAAUUUUAUGGAAUUUAUAUUUAUUGUCAUGUGAUUCUAUUUUCUAUCCCCAAAUCACUAUAUUGUAAUGUGUAUAUAGUUGUUAGUUAGAUAUACUAAUGCUGUUAGAGGAAAUAGACUGAAUAGCCAAAUAUUACAGCUCUGGCCAUUAUUCUGCAUCCCAUUGGACUAAUUACUGAUCAUCUAUCGUUGCUGUCGGAGGAAAAAAAACUCUUAUCUCCGAAGCAGAUACUUUUCAGCAAAUGGAAGAAAAUUGCCAUAUUUUCCCAUUAACAAACAUACAAUUACAUAACUUGAGAAAAGCUAUUUUGAAUUUUCUUGGACCUAGAUUCAUUAAAUAUUCAGAGUUCAUUGACGGGAGUUACUGCUUUCAAUACAUGUAAAAAAUAUAUAUAUAUGGCAAAAAUAGUUUUUCAUCCAACAGCGACGCUUUGUUUAGGGAAAAAUAAAUACUGUACUAUACUGUGACUUGUGUUAAACCACUGGAGUUAAAUAAAUAUAUAAACAUUAUAUAUGUUGGUUCUGAAUUUCUAUAAUAAACAUUUAUCAAGUGG